AUGAGGACAGCGACGCGACUGCUUCCAGCUAUCUUGAUUCUGGCAGGCUUCUUCUUGAUCAGAAUAUAUUUGUACCGCUUACCGGUCGCGGAUGUUUUCCAUGGCUCGAACUUCAGGUCGCUCAUUGGUAGCGAAGACGAUGCGUCGACGGAGGUCGACAAGGCUGUAGACUUUUCUUCAACGUCUGCGUCGGAGGACGGGCGCAUUGAAGCGACUACCGCUAUCCAUAGUGAGAUUUCAGCUACCACGACUGUAGAGCAGGUCUCAGCUACCGGAACUAGCUCGAACUCUUUGGAUCAAAUUGUUGUGAUAGGAAAACUCCAAAGCGAGGAUGCAUCUUGGGUUGAAAAGCUUCCGACAUGGCAGAAUGCCGUGUAUACAGUCGACAACGAUACCUGGUCUUUACAUACAGCAAAAAACAAAGGGCGCGAGGCCAAUGUUUACCUCACGUACAUCAUAGAGAACUACGAAAAGCUUCCCUCGACUAUUGCUUUUGUACACCCUCACGAAGACGGUUACCCACGAGCAUGGCACACAGAUGCAGACGGUUAUUCAAAUAUCAAGAGCUUGUCAUCUCUCAGAACUGAGUUCGUUCAGGGUAACGGCUAUGCCAAUCUCCGCUGCAUCGCUAUCCCAGGCUGUCCAGACGAGAUCCAACCCUUUCGGGAAGAGUUUGACAACGAAGACAGAAGAGCCGAACACGCGCUCGCAGAUGCGUGGAAACAUAUCUUCGGGAAUGAUGAUGUGCCUCACGUUAUAGGCACUCCAUGCUGCGCUCAAUUUGCAGUCUCGCGAGAUCAGGUCCACAAACGUCCUUUAGAGUUUUAUGUUGGUGCUCUGAAGUGGUUGCAUGAUACACCCCUCGACGAUGCCACGAGUGGACGUGUAUUUGAAUAUAUUUGGCACAUCAUUUUUGGACGGGAGCCAGUGUACUGUCCCGACCUAGGACAAUGUUACCACGAUGUGUAUGGAAGAGGGUAG